AUGAUAUUAUUCUCUACUUUCAGCCCCGCAUCUACCACGAAUUCCCCCCUACCCAGCCGACGUAGUUCACCAAGACGAGCAAGCUGUUUAACACCACGUUCAUCAGCUCAGGUGUUUAACAGGCAACGCACAGAACAGCCUCAGGAGAGCUUCGACUCUCAAAAAUACGCGGUUCCAGGCUUGCCAUGGUUUGAACCAAGUCUUUCACCACAGGCCUCUGAUCUCGAGGCGGAAGAGGAGGAAAGGGAACAGGAGAGCGAGAAAGCGGAUACCUCAAAGCCAGAACUUAUCUCUCCCCAGUUCGAAAGCGGGCUCAAUUUGGACGACAUUAGCCCCGAGUUCCACACCGCCCGUUCUUACGAUCUCGCAGAAUUAUGUCAAGAAACUUCCUUCGCCAUCUCACAGUCUUUCGAAGAAGUGAUUCUAACCGAAGUGAAGGUUGGAACGCCCGCGAUUCAGGAUCAAAAGAUCCUGAAAGCAGAGGCAAUGGAGAGGGCAGCGCCGUUGGAAAUGCGUCAGAGAAAAGAGGCCUGGAGAAAUCAGCCUAGCAUGCUUGCAGAUAAGGACGGAGAUAUCAGAUGGGAACGAGAGUCAUCUCUCACCAGACCAUCGGUCGACUCCGGAAUCACAAGCACCAAUGGAACGCAAGUUUCCACCACGCGAGGACUUAGCUCCUGGAGUUCACCUGUGACGACAGCUGACGAGGAGAAGAGAGAGAUAAAAGAAGGACACCAUGGUGAGGCAAAUCUCCUCGAGACGGAAUUGGAACAAAGCAUUCUUCUCUCUUUGACAUGCCUGUACGACAAGCACGCAACGUCACCAAUUGCUGGACCAGACAGCGCCCGCUCGGAGGCAAGCGUCGAGGAACUGGACUCCCCAGCUUCCGUUGAAGACUGUACUCUGACAGACGGCCCAGCUGACGUGAGUUGCCUUGAAGACGAUGGCACGGACAGGGACUUUGACGAUGAUGACGUAAUCGGAAAAGAAAGAGGUCUGGGUAACGAGUCGGAGGAUGAGGAUGGAGAGACAGGCCAUCCUGUAAGCAUGUUCUAUCGCCUGGAACAGAUGAGAUCCAGUCUGGAAGAAACCCUUGGCACGGAGACCCUGCUUCGCUGCUACAAUGUCGUACACGCCCUUCAAGAGAACGAGGACGAUGAGAUGCGUCUCAGCAAAGAAGCCGUGGCCAAAAUCAUGGGACCGGAAAAAGCUGCGGUCUACUUCGACAGAGUGCUUCAGCUUGUUCUGGCAGACAGUGCCUUCACCGGCGGUAAGUUCAAUACUGUAUUUAGACUCAUCAGCUUCCAGUAA